AUGGAGGGCUCCCGUGGUGCCGACUGUGAUAGGGCGUCUGAGACCUCGUCCUUCAUAGAAGAUGAAGAAGAAGAGGAAGAGGAGGAGGAGGAGGAAGAAGAAGAAGAGGAGGAGGAGGAGGAGGCUGUGGACCCAGAGGAAGCAGAGGAACUGACUAACAGUUUAAAAGAUCUUAUCCAAAGUGAAGAUGUGAAACCCAAGCUUCAGUACAUCAUGACUAACCCCUCCUUUUCUAUGGUAACAUGUCAAAGUGAAGACAGUGGAAUAACCUGGGAAACCAGCUCGAGCAGAUGUUCUACUCCCUGGACCUCAGAAACUAGUACAACUUCUGAUCUUUACAGUAUGGAAAGCUCACCGGUAGGUUCUCCUCCAGGAAAAGUUAUCUUUGUUAUGGAUGAAGGUAAAAUUGUUCGGAAAAGGACACGAAAAUCUUCAAACAGGGCGCCAAUGGCUACAAGCCGGAAGGGAGGCCAGAGCAAUAAAAAACGUGACUCAUCUGGAAUGCAGAGGCAAGAACCAAGAACUGUUCUAGGAGAUCUGCAGGCCUCUGUGUUGAAUGUUGAGCAGGUGGAAGUGCAAGACACAGAUGAAGAAAUGCUGGACAACAAAGAGGAUCUAGAGAACAUCACAGAAAAGCCGGUAAAACGUGCUCCUAUAAGAUCAAUAUUUAGGGAGAGCAGACUGAGAAAAGUUGGUCCGAUCCUUGGAGGACCAGUACAAGCUAGAAUCCAGCUGUUCAACUCAAUUUUUGGAGGGAGUGGUCCACUCCCUGAAACAUCGGAGAAAAACAGAAUACGGAGAAGUAGCUCAGUUUCAGGAGACUCUGAACAGUUCCUUGAAACAUCAGUAAAAGAAAGAUUGCAGAAGUUCAGUUCACACUUAGAAGCAACAUGUCCAACAUCUUUUCAGGGAGCAAGAAGUAGAAUUCUUGAAACACCAUCAGAGGGAAGAAGGAAGCAAAGAGAACAACUCAUAGGACACACAAAUCAAAGCUUUUCUUCACCAACAUCACCUCUUGAAAAACAUCUUACUAAGAAAGAUGAAGGUUCAUCUGAAAAUAUUCAACCUAUUAAAAUGAAAGAAGGAACUUUUCAACACGAGGAAAGAAAAGACAGACAACCUCUUCUGGAGAAUACAGAUCAGAUAUCAGGACAUUCCCUGAAGUCCUUCCCUCCUAAAGAAGCCAGGAAACAGCUAAGUCAUUCACCUGUGGCCAAAACAUCAGUUACAGAGCCAACAAUCUCCAGGUCGUUAGAGUCUGAUGAGAAACAAGUGCCACUUCCCUCCGCUGAAAAUACAGACCAAUCCAUGCUGACAGCGUCAGGUCAUCUGGAUGAACCAAAAAAGCAGGAAUUUCAGCCCAAUUCUGCAGAUAGAAAUACUCAGCAUAUUUUGCCUACGGUAUCCAUGUCAGAACAUCUUGAGAGGGAAGGACAGAAGUCUUACUUACCUAGUGCUCCAUCAGCUAAAUCCAAAUAUUCCACUCUAACUGAAACAGGACAGGAAGAUACUAUUCCUCAGUCAUCAGAAACUGCACAAUCUGAGCCUGAAAAUGUGCUUUUACCAUAUUCUGGAGGUGAAACGGAGAAGCAAGAAACUAAAUGUCCCUUAUCAACAACUGCACUGUCAGAAUCUGAGAGUUCAGAUCUAAUGCAUUCUGCUGAAAGAAAAGAGAGUCAAGAGACCCCUCUCUCAAAAACUCAAAAUAUUCAUCUGGAGAACCAAACAAAGUCUGAACAAGACUUUUCCUCAUCCCUUCAGGAAACAGAUGAGCAGAAAAUUAAACAAAAUCCACCAAUUCCAGAAAAUAUAGAUUCUAAAUAUUUUAGCAUUUCAUAUCCUAUUAAUACAGGAACAGAAGAAACUCAGAAAAAUUCAGCUAUAGAUAAAGCAGUAGAUUUUGGUCAGUCUGAUUUUUCCAUUGAAAAAAACAAACCAGCAGAAAGUGCACAAAUGGAGAUGGAACACCUAGAUUUCUCAUAUUCCAACAAAGAAAUUGGGGACUCAGAGACAACACAGAUGGAGACAGAGCAUCUGGACUUCUCUUCUUCCAAGGGAAAAAUAAAGGAAUUGGAGAGUGCACAGCUGGAGAUGGAGCAUCCAGACUUUUCUUUUUCCAGGGAAGAAAUGGAGGAACCAGCAAGUGCACAGCUGGAGACAGAACAUCCAGAUUUCUUAUAUUCUAGGGGAGACACAGAGGAAUCAGAGUGCGCAGUACUGGAAACAGAAUAUCCAGAAUUGCUUUUUUCCACAACAGAAGCAAAGAAAUCAGGGAGUUCACAACUGGAGACAAAACAUCAAGAAUUUUUUUUCAAGGAAGAAUCAAAAAAAUCAGAGAGUGCACAGCUGGAGAUGGAGCAUCUAGACUUUUCUUUUUCCAGGGAAGAAAUGGAGAAACCAGCAAGCACACAGCUGGAGACAGAACAUCCAGAUUCAUCAUAUUUCACAGAAGAAAUGGAGGAAUCAGAGAGUGCACAGCUAGAGGGGGAACAUCCAGACUCUUCUUUUUCCAGGGAAGAAAUGGAGAAAUUGGAGAGUGCACAGCUGGAAACAGAACACCCAGAUUUAUCAUAUUGCACAGAAGAAAUGGUGGAAUCAGAGAGUGCACAGCUCAACAUGGGUCAUCCAGACUCUUCUUUAACUGAGGAAGUAGUGGAGCAAUCAGAAAGUACACAGCUGGAAAUGGAACAUCAGGAAUUUUUAAUUUCCAGGCAAGAAACAGAAAAACAAACAUCUGAUCAUUUUGAUCUGGAACAGCCAGGAUCUUAUUUCCCUGAAGAAGGAGAGUAUGAAGAAAAAGAAGAGCUUGCUCUGCUACCUUCAGAUUUAUCAUAUUUGAUGAAGGAAGCGGAGAAAGAAAACACUACAGCACUCCAGUUGGUACAUGCAGAGCAAACUGAGUAUCUGGAAACAGCACUUUCAGAUUUACCAUAUCCCAUGAAUAAAACAAAGCAGAAAGAAUUGUUGCAAGCAGAUCCAGACAAUUCUCUUGAUGCAUAUUUCAGUGACAAAGGAAAACAACCACAGCCUGUACAGCAGGAUUCACUACAUGGAGGUAAACUGGAUUCCAGUGACAAGGGAGUACAAGGAGAAACUACUCAGUUUCAGCCAGAGCAUCCAAUUUGGUCAUAUCCUACUGGAAAAGAAGAGCAACAUAAAACCUCACAAAUGAGGGCGGAACAGCCAGAGACAACAUACUCUCCUGGCAAAACAGAACAGCAUCAACUAUUACAACCAAAGAUGGAACAAACAGAUUCCUCUUACUCCCAGGAAGAAACAGCACAGGAAGCUGUACGAAGAAACUUAGAAGGUCCAGAGCCAAUAUGUUUCAUUAGUGAAGCAGAGCAACAUGAAAAUGUAGAACUAGUUUUGGAAAACAGAGAUUUCUCAUUUAUCACUGGAAAAGUAAUGCAAAAAGGAGUGGAGUCAGGCUUUCUGGAGUCACAUUUGACUGACAAAGUAAAGCCCUGGGAAAUGACACAAAUGGAGCAGGAACAGUCUUUUCCCUCCUUUUCCACUGCUAGUACUCAGCAACAAGAAACACCACCACUGAAUGUGUCUAAGCAGGAUGCAUCGUGUUCUGUUGGCAGAAUGGAAAAGGAAGAUACAGUACAAAGACAGCUGAAACAGCAGGAAAGAGAUGAACAGAAAGCUGUGCUAAUGGAAACAGAGCAUUCAGAUUUGUCGGAAAGCUGGUGUAAAGAGAUGACACAGGUCAUAGACCAAAGUAAUUUGGCACAGCAAGAAAUAGCUCAAGCAGGGCUAGUGCACCCAUCUUUGCCAUAUUCUUUCAGUAAACAAAUGCAAGAAGAAAUGCAAACAGAGCCAGCAUAUCCAGAACAAACAUCUUAUGUAAGUAUAGAAACACGGGAGGAAACAAUGCAACGAAAAUCAGAACAACCAUUUCUUUCCUGUUUUAUUGGCAAAACAGAGCAACAAGAAAUAGUACAUCCAGAGCUGGAGCAAAUGUUUUUGCCAUCUUCCAGUGGAAAAGAAGCUCCACUGGAAAUGGAAAUGAGUUCAGAAUAUCCAGAUUUGUCAUAUUCCUUUUAUGAAACUGAACGAGAAAAAAAAUUGAAAAAUCCAACCUUACCAGUUCAUUCGAAGCGUCAAGAAGCUGAAGCAGUAGUGAUGGAACAUCCAGAUUUUUCAUGUGACAGUGGUGAGCCAAAACCAGGCAGCACUGUAGAGCAGGAGUCAGGACAUCCAGAGCUCUCAUACUCCAAGGGAGAAAUACAGCAACAAUCAGAACAUCUGGAUUCACCAGGAACCCUGGGCAAAGGAGCACAAGAUGCAAGUAUGGAAGUAGAAUCUCACUACCCAAAUCUCCUGUGUUCUGAUGUCCAAAGAAAUCAGCAAGAAACUUCACAAUUGGGUUCAAAAUAUUCAGGCAAAGAACAAGAAACUCAAAAGUUUGAUUCUAAACAUCAAGAAUUGCCUAAAGUGGCCAAAAAAAGAGUUUCUCCAGCAACUGCACAAAUAGAGUUGAAACAUCCAGAAACUGCACCAUGGGAAAUGAAGCGUUCUGAUUUGUUACAUUCCACUGAUGAGACAAAACAGCAAGAAGCAGCACCAUUGGAUCAGAAACACAGAAAACUUUCUGUUGGCAGAGAAAAGCAGCAGCAAGCCACAAAGCAGCAGUUAGAACAAGAAAAGUUAUCACAUACUCCUGGUAAAAUGCAGCAUUUCAAACAUGGCCAAGAGGGCUUGGAACAACCAGAUUUAUCAUUUUCCAUCGAUAGGCCAGAUGAUGAAAUGAUGCCACCAGAGACAGAGCACACUGAUGUGAUAUCUCCUCUGUACAACACGGAGGUGCAACAAAGAGUACAACAAGAAAUUGAUCAAAUUUACCCCUUUGGAAAUGUGGAACACAAAAUGGUUCAGCCAGAAGUGGAAAUUUCACAUUUGUCCCCUUCUGAAUGUUCAACAGAAGCAAAAAUGGCAGAACCAGGGCAGGGGCAGCCUGACUUGCUUUACUCUGUUUUCAAAGUAGAGGGGCUGCAAACACUACAGCCGAAAUCUGAGCACCGUAGUCUACCAUGUUCCAUUGACAAAGUGCAGGAAAUGAUCCAGCCAGGGUUGGAAGAGCCAGGUGCAUUGUAUGAUCAUGACAAAACGGAGCAAAUUCCACCUUCACAGCUGGAGCCGGGCCACCCAGACUUGGCAUCCCUAGCUGCUGAAGUGGGACAAGAAGGGGUGGAGCACACAGCUGUGGAACGCCCUAAUGAGGGACAGUUCACCAGCGGAGCAGAGCAUCCACAAGCUGCCAAAGAGAGACAGGGAACUCUGGAUUCAUCAUCUCAUAGUGGAAAAGUGGAGCGAAGAGAAAUGGUGAAAACAGACCCAAAUCAUCCUGAUUUAUCAUAUUCCUUUGCUAAAGCAAAACCUCAAGAAACUACACAACUGGCAUCAGGAAAACCAGUUCUAUUAUCCUGGCCUGGCAAAACAGAGCAAGGACAGACUACUCAAGAGGAGAAGCCACACUUCUUGCAUUCUUACAAAAAAGCUGCACAAGGCGAGAAAGUACAGACAGAAUCGAGACAUCUAGAGUUAUCUCAUUCUGUUAGUGAGAUAGAACAAGAAACUUUAAACGCAAAAUCAAACCAUUCAGAUUUAUCUGCUGGCAGAUUAGAAGACCAUGAAAUCAUACAGCCAGAGAAAGAAAUAAUGGAUUUAUCAUGUUCGAUUGGUGGAACACAGCAAACUCAAAUGGCUGAAGAGGAUUUGGAGUAUCCAGAUUUAUUACAUUCCACUGACACAGAACAGCAAGAGAAGAUUCAGCCAGAGCAGGAACAAACAGGUGAUUUUUCAUCAUCUCUCAGCAAAGAAGAGCAAUGUGAAGAUGCAGGAAUGCAGGCAAAACACCCUGAGUUUCAGUGCUCUAUGGAGAAAAGAGAAGGACGGCAAAAUUCCCAAGCAAAAUCAGAAUAUGCAGAUUUGUCCUUCUCUGUUGGCACAGCAGAACCUCAUAAAACAACACAGCCAGAGUUGAAAGAACAGAGUUUGUUGUAUUCUUUUGUAAAAACAAAACCAUCACAGGCUGGCUUACCAGAGUCUGAACAUUCAGAUGUCUUGGAUGACAUGGGCAAAAUACUGCGCGCAAAUUUGUCCUCGUCUAUUAGUGAAGAAAAACAAAGUGCACAGCUGGAGGUCAAGCAGGAGAGGAGAAGCUAUACAUUACAUCCAGAGGAAACAGUACAACUAAAAUUGGAACAACCAAUGUUUUCAAGUCCUCAUGGCACAGAAGAGGAACCAACUAUAUCCCCACUGGAAGGGGAAUUUCCAGACUUCUAUUCCUCUGAUAAAACAGAAAAACAGGACACUGCACAAGCAGGGUUCAUGCCUUCUGAUAUUUCACAUUACACCAGAAAAUCACAGCAGUUGCAACCAGAAGAACCAAAAUCAAAACAUCCAGAUUGGUCAUGCUCUCUUGACAAAGCAGAGACUCAUGGAACGAAGCCACCAGAUUCAUGGUACUCCUACAGUGAGUCAGAGCAACCACAGACUGCCCAGCUGGAGCAUCCAGAGAUACCAUAUUUCAUGGGUGAAAUAAAGCAGAGGGAUGGGGCCCAACCUGAACUGCCAUGUAUUAAUUUGCAGUACUCUGAUGUUGAAACUCAACCAGAAGCACCUGCUGUAUCAUAUCCCUUUGUCAGGGCUGAGGAGCAAGGAACUGCACAACCAGUCUUCAAACUGUCAGAUUUAUUAAAUCCUACUGACAAAGCAGAAAAGAGUGAAAUGGCCCUGCUGAGAGCAGGACAUUCUGAGAAGCGAGACACUGGGGUUACUUCAUCUCUAACUACUCAGCUGGAAACUGAACAACAAGAUUUAUCAUUUUCCACUGAGGAAGCAAAGAGAAAAAAAAUUCAACCCUAUUCAUCUCUUACUGAAAAAACAGUGUCUGUACCUUUGGGUGCCUCACAUGCUGCUUCUGAAACAAACCGAGAAGGAAGCCCUAAGUCCUUACCUAUAACUGGAGGCCUGUCACCCAAACAUUUAGAUUUGUCUUACUCCUGCUGUAAAGCAGAGCAUUCAGAAACUGUCCAGCCUGAGUCAGGGUCCUUUUUUCCCAGAAAAGAACCAGAGAAUACAAAAAGUCUUCUACAUUUGCCUGUGGCUGCAGAGUCAGAGGCUGAACAUAAAAUUUUACCUGAAGCAGAGAGAGAACCGACUCCACAUUACUUCCACACAGCUACACAAUUGGAAUCUGAACAAUCAAAUUUAUCACAUUCUACAGAUAGAGUAGAAACUCUAGAAAGUCAGGAUUACUUGACUGUACCUUCAAAAUUGGAUUCUGAACCUUCAGUUUCAUUUUAUUCAGGUGAUGAAACAUGUCAGCAAGAAAUUCUACCUUAUUCAAAGCCAGACUCUAAAUAUUUGGUUCCCACAUGGUCCCUUGCUGAACAAGAGAAGCAAAGUAUGCAGCCACUUAUUACCCAGCCUGUACAGUCAGAGUGUAAACAUGUAAUUCCACCACAUGAUGAAAAACAAUUGCAAAAAAUUCAGCUCAGUUUGCCUGAAACAGCAAGCUUGAAGACAGUGCAGUUAGAGAGUAUGUCUCCAGUGCACACAGAAGAUCAAGACAACCCAGAAUCUUGUUUGCUGGACACAAAAUAUUUGUCACCAGAGCAGCUAAGAAGCUCCCCUAAAUUCACUACUGAGCAAGAUGAGCAAGAAAUGCAACCUGAUGUGCAGACAGUGCCAAGGUCAGUCAGAGUCUGCCACAGGUCUGCCACAGAGUCAGAGGUGACUGCUGUAGCAGACCAGCAAGCAGAGUCAGAGUCAUUUGUACUUUUUCAUAUGUUACCUGGAAAGUCAGAACCUGUAAGGUCAGUAUCAGUGGCUUUUACUGAUGACGAAGAGAAACAAAAUAUUCCAUCAUCUGUUUUUGAUGUAGCAGGCAUGCUUAGAAAGCAAUCUAACAUAGUUCCAUGUGUUUAUACUGAAGGAGAGCAUAGACGUGAAAUGCAACAACGUUUUGAAGACCAAAAGCAUACAACCUUGGAGCAUCUGGAAGUUAUUUCAUCAGAUCUUCUUUGUGAAACUGUGACACACAAAAAUCAGCAUUAUUCUGGUGAAAAGGACAGGCUUUCUUCAGCAGAGAUGCAGUCUGCUGGCUCUAGUUCCGAUGAAAAGCAGAACCCAUCUUUUGGGCUAGCUAGCUGGCUGGUAGAAGAGGCGAAAGCUUGCUCAACUAGUCUGCUAAGGGCUGCAGAUGUAGACGGGCAAGGAAUUCAGUUUUCUCCAAAUGAAGCUUCUGAUUUUGGGUCAAAACAAUUCCCAGCUGAAAGUUGCACAGAACUUACAGUUGAUGAGACUAUAGAGAAAAAGGGACAUACAUUUAGAGUUUCUGAAUCAGUGUCAAAUGAAUUUUCUCACAGGAAGUCCUCAGACGCUAGUCCUGGAACACAAAGGUAUGAUUUACCAUCUCGGGUAGGAGAUAAUCAAGGUCCAGAUAACAUUGUGGAGUAUGAAACUAGUACUGUAAAACCUACAAAAAUGGAAGUAAUGCAACAUCUGGAGAUAGGCAAAGUGUCUGAAGUGCCUGAACAUUACCUGAGAGGAGAAGAGGAAGAAGUGGAACAUGCAAGUGCUGUGGAAGGCAGUCAAUGUGCUCUGGGGACUACUGAACAAAAAGAUCUAUUUAAUAUAAUUUCAGAAGGUUAUGAAAUACUCAAUAUUCAUGCUCCUACACAUGUUUCUUCUGUUGAUCAAGAAGAAAGUAAACAGAUGCCAGAUAAAUUAGAAUACUUGGAAACAAAUCCUUCGUUUAAAAGAAAAUUAGUUGACGAUGGCCACAGAGCCCUAGCUUCUGGAAGAACCACAGAAAUUUCAGAAGGCUCAGUGUGUGGAAAGACUGCAAGCGAUGAAAUACCAGAAUUUGUUAAAAAAGAUAAUGUUGAGGAAACCGGAGAAACACAACAAGAAAAUCCCUUUUUGCCAGAGAACAAUAAUUAUGCAGUGCUGGAUCCUAAUAAUGGUACUGCUGAUAUGGAUUAUUUUGAAAAAUAUACAUUGAUUGAUGACAAAUCCCCAAUUAAGCCACAUUUUGAAAGACCAAUUUCAUUGUCUCCUGUGACAGAAGAUCCCAAUGAACCUGUCGAAGAAGGCAAAUCUUUUAAAGAAAGCACUGAGGCAGAUACUUUGGAAGAGUUUUCCUUACUUGAGGAUUUGGAUGAAGUCUUUUAUGGUACCAUGAAAGAAGAAAGCAAAAUGCAGUCCUAUGCAGAUGCGUCAAAACCUUUACCUCUGCAGAAAUCAGUUGAUUCUAGCAGUAAAAGCAUUACAAACAUAGAAGAUGAACGGAAGUCACCAGGGACCCCACUCUUUGACUCAGAAGAAGGAGUGCUAGAACGAUCUCUCUUGUUUCCUACCACUGUUGCUGCAAUUAAUCCAGAGCUUCUAGAGGAGCCACCUGCUCUAUCAUUUUUAUACAAGGACCUCUAUGCAGAAGCAGUAGGAGAAAAGACAAAGGAUGAGGGUCCCUCUGAUGAGGAAAGUGGUAAUUCUAAUGCAUCUUUCCCUAGUAGGAAUUCAGACACAGAUGAUGGAACUGGAAUAUAUUUUGAAAAGUAUAUUCUUAAAGAUGAAAUUCCAAAUAAGGCCGUAGGGCCUCAGAAAGAUCAGACACCAGAGGAUGAGUCCUUCAGUGGAGGAAUUUUGAGUUGGAAUUCAGAGAACAAGCAGCAGGAGGGAUCUGGUUAUGUUCAAUGUGUCAAAACUGAGGUUCUGCCAGAAACGGGUGUUGUGGAGAGAGACAAAAUCCAGGUUGACAGUGACAUUCAAGUAACAAUUUGUAAACCAAUGCAUGCCAUUCCUUUUGGAAGCAGAACAAUCCUUUCAGGUGCAAGGACUGAUACCACAGAACAAAGAGAAGAAGAAAAUGCACCUGUAGAAACAACUGAGGAGUUGCCAGAGCAUUCAAGUCAACAAGCAUAUAGUCGACUAGUGGAUUAUCAGGGAGCUACAUAUCAAGAAGCUGGUAAUAAGCAGGAAGAACAGCACAAUAUAGCAGCAGUUGCUCAAAUGGAAAAAUACAUUCCAUUUGUUGAAGACAGUGUAGAUGAUCAGUAUACUCAGGAACAUCUUUCCUGUGUCCCUACCAUUCAGCAAAUAGAGAAUCCAGACUUUCAAAGAGAGGAGCAGCACCCUGAUAUUUAUGAAGAUCUCGCUGAAUCAAUGGACUAUGAUGUGAUUACGCAAGAAGAACUUUUGCAAGAUGAAAUAUCAUCCCAAUUUACACAUGAGGAGCUAUUAUUUGAAGACAGGGACUCUUUUGAUCAUGCUGUUGGUAGUUAUGAAUUUGUUAAUGAGCCAGAACAAAGAACACUUGUUGAGCUUGAAGAUUCAGGUUUUGUGGUGAUGUACCCUGAAAACUCUGCAACAAACAUUCCUCAAGUUGAGAGUCCCCAAAGAGAAAUGAAGAAAGCACAAGUAGACACAUACUGUUACCACUGCAAAUGCCCGAUAUCUGCUAUUGACAAGCUUUUCGGAGAGCACACAGACCAUGAAGUCACAACACUAGAUGAUGCUUCAACCAAGGUGAAGAGUCAUUUAAAUGAAUUGCUGAUAGCACUGGAAGAAAAGUCAAUUAAGAUCGAGGAGUUUGUGAGUGAUAUUGAAUUGCGAUUUAACUCAGUUGAGGAAAAUUGUAAGAAAAAUGCAGACUUAUUGGAAAAGCAGAAUGAAGAGAUGCUUAAGAAAGUGGUAGCACAAUAUGAUGAGAAAUCAGAGAACUUUGAGGAAGUGAAGAAGAUGAAAAUGGAGUACCUGUAUGAGCAGAUGGUUAAUUUCCAGCAAACUGUUGAUUCAGCAAAGGAGACUUUGGAGACAACAGUUAAAGAAGUGGAUGAAGUGGAUGGAUUUGUUUUCCUAAACUCAUGUAAAGAGUUGAAUAAAAGGUUACUUUCUGCAAUGGAUACCACCCUCUCUUUAGAGAAGGUACCCAGUGCUUUUUCACUGUUUGAGCACUAUGCAGACAACCCAGGACAAAGCAACCAGCAGUCCUUAAAACGUGUUGCUGUCCCACAGACACCGAAUGUAGUACCCCAGGAGCCAAACUCAGCCACCAGCACUUCCAUUGCUGUCUACUGGUCCGUGAAUGAUGGGGAUGCUAUCGACUGCUUCCAGGUCUAUUGUAUGGAGGAGCUGCAAGCCAGCAAAGAUGCAGGGGCCCUAGUGGAAGAGUACAGAGUGACAGUGAAAGAGAGUCACUGCAUUUUGGAGGACCUGGAGCCAGAUCACUGCUACAGUGUGUGGGUCAUGGCCGUGAAUGGCACAGGCUGUAGCUUACCCAGUGAAAAAGCCAUUUUUAAAACAGCACCCGCUGUCCCCACCAUCAAGGCCGAGGACUGCACUGUGUGUUGGGACACGGCCACUGUCCGCUGGCGUGCCUGCUCCGUAUCAGCGGAGUCCUUCAUCCUGGAGUACUGCCGGCAGCACUCGCCGGAAGGAGAAGGUCUCAGAUCUUUUGCUGGUAUAAAGAAACCUGAACUGAAAGUACCCCUGGAGCCCAAUGUGAACUAUUUCUUCUACUUGAGGGCUGUCAACUCAUUCGGGACAAGUGAACAAAGUGAAGCAGCUCUCAUCUCAACUAAAGGAACUCGGUUUCGCCUCCUGAGUGACACAGCCCAUCCCGCUUUGCAAAUCUCCUCCAAUGCAACGGUGAUCCACCUUCCUGAGAAAACUAAACUCACUGGGUUUCCUUCAGUCCUGGGUGAACUGCUACCUGCUCAAGGAUGUCAUUACUGGGAAAUUGUUGUCUCUGCCUGCAGAAGCUACAGGAUUGGGAUUUGCUAUGAGUCAAUAACAGAGAGCAGUGUCCUGGGGCUGAGUGAUACCUCCUGGUGCAUGCGGUGCUGUCCUACACAAACCAGCUUUCUUUACAGAUUUCUUCACACUGGUGUGAUGAGUGAUGUCCAUGUGACAGAACACCUGGCCAAGAUUGGCAUCCUGUUGGAUUACAGUAGUGGGAGACUGUUGUUCUUCAAUGCAGAGAGAGGACUUGUGCUGUUCAGCAUGAGGCACAAAUUCACCGAUGCUGCUCACCCAGCCUUUGCCCUGGAGAAGGCAGGAGUGCUUACCCUGUGCACAGGAAUGGAGCUGCCAGAGUUCGUGAAGCACAGCUGAUAUCCUUCUUCACACUUUCCGUAAAAUUGACAAUUAUAGCAUCAGAGGAUAGAGAGGGGAAGAAGGGUGUC